AUGUCGCUCAUGGGCCUUCCCACAGAGCUGCUUGACCACCUUGUCCAACUCACACUUACAAAUGGGCCUCGUGGUGGCUUCGAAGGCAUUGUAGGCUCCUGCAAACUGCUCCAUGAAGUCGGAAAAGCUCACGCGCAACGCUACAAGAAGCUGUGCCAAUUCAGCAGCAUGCGCAUCGGAAUGGGCUCUACGUGGCCCUGCGUGUUCGAGGCCAUAGCCAGGGAGCCACUGCUUGGUCUGUACGUGGAGACGCUUGACCUGAGAGCUUGCAAUGAUCAGAGAGGCUGUGGCAAAGAAGUUGUUCAGCUCUUGCUGGGCGAUGACCGGGACAGAUUACAAGAAAUGAUCGGCAACUCGCGGUGGCUUGCUCUGGCAGGCGUGGACGUUCAAGAGUGGAAGACGAACGUCCUUACAGAUGAUCCAAACGGCGUCAACAAUAUCUACCGCGCAGUGUUCCUUCUGACCCUCUUGCCUCGGCUGAAGACUCUCACACUCACUGAACGCUGCAGCCGCGUCCAGGAAGAAGGGAAAGAAUGUAAGAAAGUUCUCGACACUCUCCUUGAACUGGAUCAUACAGCAUCACCACGGGCUGAUUCGCCCCUUGGUCAGCUCGAGCGUUUGUGCCCCUUCGAGCCCAUCGAAUACAGUUCCAACCCACUGGAAGGAUUCGAGGUAGCGGACUGCUUCAUGGCACUGCCAAGCUUCAAGGAGCUUCACGUGUCGAAUCUCAUUGCUGUCGAGGACUAUCAUACUGUGGAGACUUCCGGACUAUACUUCAAAUUUGACCUGCCUCGAUCUCGAAGGAUGCUGCAUGAAGGAAUCGAAGAGCUUCUUGCGCAUAUGCCCUACAUCAACUCCCUUCGCUACACGCACGCUACCAAAUGGCACGGCUGCGAGUUCGACUGGAAUGCCGGCGCAUUCGCAGCAGCAGUCGCCGAGCAUUGCAGUGGACGCCUCAUCAAAUUGGCACUGGUACUAGAAGAGUUGUUUGGAGUAGUAGAGCAGGGCAUAGCUUCUCUCAAGGAGUUCGAAGUACUUCGAGACCUGGAGAUCGACUGGAAUUGCUUCGCUGCGCCGCCAUUCGGGAGCGACAUGAGCAACCCUGAUGACUCUCGUGCAUGGACUCUGGCACAACUUCCAAGCUUGCCAGACAUCUUACCCGCCAGCGUCGAGCAUGUAACUCUAGUCUGUACCAGCAACCUCGAUAACAUAGAGCCUUUGCGGUACCUACUCCGGGAUGCAACCUACCUGCCUCAAUCGAGAUCAUUCCCAGCGCUGCAGUCGGUGCAGAUCAAGCACAGCUCAACGAUUUCUGACUGGGUUGACAGAUUGGAUGACGCGGAUUCGAAGGUGAAAAAUCAAAAGACUGGACGAGUACCUGCCCAAUUUCUACAAUCACUGCUCGAUGCCACUGGUUUCCAGUACCGGUACCAUCCUGUCUAA